CGCCGAACGGACGACCCCCUUCCCUCCUCUCUUCCUUCUCGUCCUCUCUCGUCCCAUGCGAAGAGCCGAGGCCGGAACCAACCCAUCUCCGGCCGAACACCGCCCUUCCUGGCAAUGUCGGGUUCGCCCCCUUCCCUAGAGACCUCCUACGCAUCCCCUCCCGUCACCAUCAUCCUCACCGUCGUCCUCCUCGUCUUCUUCUUCGUCGGCUUCUUCUCCAUCUUCUUCUGCAGGUGCUUCUUCGAGAACUUGCUCAGCCCCUGGAACCUGAGGCAGAGCCCCUCCGCCAACCAGAUGGGCGGCGGCACGGCCAGGGCCGGCGACGGCCUCGACCCGUCCCUCGUUCAGGCCUUCCCCACCUUGGUGUACUCCACCAUCAAGGACUUCCGGAAGGAGAAGUACGGCUUGGAGUGCGCCAUUUGUCUGGCCGAGUUCGAGGACGACAGCGUCCUCCGCCUCCUCACGGUUUGCUACCACGUGUUUCAUCAAGAGUGCAUCGAUCUUUGGCUCACCUCCCACAAGACGUGUCCCGUCUGCCGGGGGAACCUUGACUUGCCCCUGAGCAAGUUGUCGGAAAUGCGUCCUGUGGUCUCGCUUCCUCGCGAAAGUACCAUGGGAAGCAUCCACGAAAAUGAGGAGGCUUCUUUCCAGGGCGCGGUCAGCAUCGAUAUUAAGGAAGGCGGGGACGAGGAAUGCAGAGGAGGGAGUAUCGAUCCGGUCGUCCUUACAGGACAAGACCAUUGCAGGACGGAGAAGUUCCUGCGGUCCCACUCGACCGGGCAUUCGAUAGGUAGGAAAAAAGUAGACGAGGACAAGUACAUGUUGAAGUUGCAGGACCACGUGAAGGUCCACAUUAGCAGGGGACACACCGGAAGCUGCAUAACUUUCGGGGAAUUCUCCGAUCACGAAGACAUGAUGAGCAAUGGUGGAUCUGAUCACGUGCCGGGCCACUUGAUGCACCAGCAGCAAGAAUGAAAAGUUUUUGGUUUCCAAUCAUAGAGUGUUUUUUCCUGCCUCAUUUCCCUAGUGGAAUUAUUGAAGGCCGAGUGACACGGAUUUCUCAAGCAUCUUGCCUGUUUUGAUUAGGAAUAGGAAGAUAGUACAGAACUACAGAUAAAUGUUGCGAAACGGAAACACAUAGCAGUAGAUCAUCCUGAAGAGCUUCUUCAUUGGGUUGGAGAAGCUUUUCAAGAGUUUAGCCUCGGAUGAAGCAGUGGCAAUGUCUGAUCCUGACCCAAAGCUCGUUAAUGGGGAAAAUAUUGGCAACACAUGGGUUUGUGCUCUGUACGAUAGUUCUUGCUUGACAGUUCAUCAGAUUGAUAUGGGAAAAGGAAAACAUACAGACAGUUUAUCCUAGGAAGAAUUCACAAGACUAGGAUUCUGUGCCUGUACAUGUGCAUGUACUGUUGCUGCUUAUCUCUAUCGUAUGGAAGUUGAAUUAUCUGAAUGUCUAGGGUUUUUUGCGGCGCCGCCUG